CGAAGCCGCAUUCAUGCUGAAACAGGAAAACAAGAUUCAGAUGCGGUGAAGUCUGCUGUACAUUGUCACGCUGACAGAAACGAUCGACCCAUGCGACUCACUAAGUGCCGGUCCGCCUUGCCUCGCCCGUCAAAAUUGAAAAUGCCCCGCGGGGGCAGGCACGCGUUGACAGAGAUAAUUUGA